UUAGAUUUAGAAGAUAUGCAGCAGAAUGAUCACUUAGAUAAAGAAAAUAUUGAUCCAUCUAUUUGCCAAUUGCAAAAUCUGAAAGUUCGUCAUGGUAAAGGCCAUUCGGUUGGUACUAAAAGGUAUAAAUCAAAACAUAAAGUAUCAAAUAUCAAGGCAAAUCAAUGA